AGUUCAAGAAAAUGGAAACAUCGGCCGCCGCCAGUGCAUCUCUAAAUUACUGGUUCUUUGAGUUAUCGCUUUGGGCGCAACGCCGUAUGUUUUUCUUUUACAAAACAAAUUUUUUGCCAGUUGAAUUGGCAAUAUGAAGCGAAAAACAAGCGAGAUUUGGUGCUUUUUCCGGGCGAUAGACGACACCUUUGCGCUAUGCAACAUCUGCAAAGCGAAGCUGUCCUACAAGACGACCACGACGAACCUGAGCAAGCACAUGAACAGGAUGCACCCCUCAUCGGCGCUUGUCCAAAGCAAGUACAAAUUCCAGAGCAAGAGAAGCCGUGGAAUGGACCGGAACAAGGGAAAGCCGCGCAACUCCGCGCAGGAGGACGUAAUGCUGGAUUUUGUAAGGAAACACCCGCGAUUGCUGCAGAAUCCGACGUGGGAGACGCGUAGAGAUAUGGAGUCGUUGUGGGAGCAGAUGUCCUCGGAGCUUAAUCACCAUGGUCCACCGCGAAAAAAUUCAGUCGACUGGAAAAGAACCCUGAAGGACUGGAAAAGGUUCAUCCUGAAGAAGGUGGAGAGGAACGAGUUGCACAACCUUCCCUUUGGCACCAGUCUGAAUUCAGCCGAGGAAACAAUAGCUACAUUGUGCCGCUUAAACGAGGAUGUUAGUCAAAUUAUCUUGAAGGUUUCUGACGAUGAGAUGCAUGAAAAUUCCUCUAACGAGUUCGACGGGGAAGAUGUGGAAGACGUAGUCCCGGAGGAUGAAAGUGCAACUCUUCAGACAUCUGCCGAGUACGUUUACGAGCCGGAGGGAAACAAGGUGGACCUCGACCCCCUUUACCUGCAGUCCAGUAAGCGGUCUGCAUUAUCCAGCAGUCGCGUGGCGGAGGAGGAGACGUCGUUGCUAGAGAAGAUUAGCAGUAAUAUCGGAAUGGUUAAUGAUGCCGCUAACAACGCACAUCUCGCACUCAAUGAAUUCUGCGUCCUUUACAAGCAGAAACUUUGCGAGGACAGGCGCCAUCACAUGGCAAUUGAACAGUUAAUGGCCGAGAAAAUAGAAUUAAAGAAGAAACUCUUGGAAAUAGAGCAGCGGAAGUUGUCUCUGAAAUGAGGGCAGCCACAUAGGAGAUGUACUAAGAAGGUAGUCAUAACAAACUUAUUAUUAAAUAAACUAAGUAUUCCAUUAAAAGCUUGCCUAGUUUUAUGACUUUAAA